AUGCACAGCAGGGUCCUUUCCUCGCGCGCCGAUUUAUCCUUCAGACCGCGCCUUUCGGUCUCGCGUGGUCUCAACUUCCAGCCCAUCGCAGAAGGCUCGGAAUACUACAGGAGCGAUACCAUAGGCGUCAACAGAAUCGGCUAUCGAUAUACACCGGCAGGCAUCAAUGGUCCUGGACACGUUCUUCCGUGUAGGACGAUUGAGAGCAGCCCGCAGACGUAUCGAAUCAGCUGGGAGGACAGGAGCACCUUCGUGGCUGUCACACAGGAUGGAUUGGGGCUGUUGGGGAGCACUGGGUUCCGAAGCGCGCGGUGUAACGCGCCGAUUCGCGAAGGAUCGUGGUACAUGGAGGUCAAAGUCCUCAGCGGUGGUGGACAGCAUGCGAGUGGAGAAGGGAAGCGCGAAGGUAGUCAUGUCAGGCUCGGAUGGGGUCGAAGAGAGGCUCCCCUCAAUGGGCCUGUCGGUCUCGAUGGAUACAGCUACGGCAUCCGCGACAAAACAGGAGAGAAAGUGGCACUCUCGCGCCCACGUCCGUAUGGCCGUCCGUACGGUUCCGGGGACGUCAUCGGAAUGUACAUUUCACUGCCGCCGAAACGACAGGCCAACCCCAAGAACCAUCACGAUCCGGCCCGUCUGAAGCGCGAGCGUAUUGCGAUUGAUCUCAAGGGUCAAGAGAUGUUCGAAAGUUUGGAAUACACACAGUCCAAAGAGAUGAGCGUUCUGAUGGACUACUCGGGCAAGUCAACGAAUUCUUCCUCUAUCGCUGCCUCCAAGAAAGUGGCGAGCGGAAAACUCCCUGAACGCGGACCGAAAAGCACGCCGAAGGCGAAUACAGGAAAUCUGCGGCCGCUUCCGACACUAGCAGGGUCGCGCAUCGCCUUCUUCAUCAAUGGGGAGUGUCAAGGAACGGCUUUUGAAGAGUUGUAUGACUACCUCCAGCUCGAGCAGACCAGCGUGUCUCGCAAGAACCAGGCGCGGAGACGCGUUCGUGAAGGUGUCAAAGAGCACACUGAAAACCCAUUUGACGAUGGGACGUUGGGCUACUAUCCGUUCAUCUCGCUUUUCAACGAGGCGUCGGUCAGACUCAAUCCUGGACCGAACUUCGCGUUUCCUCCUCCACGAGAUAUCGAUGCGAUGCUUUCGGGGCAGACAGAAGCAGCUGACGAGCAAACUUGGAGGCCGAUCUGCGAGCGGUAUCCCGAGUUCAUGGAAGAGCAGUGGGAGUUGGACAAGCUCGACGAAGCUGAGGCUGUGAUCGAGGCAGAGAAGAUGGCCAUCGCAGAGCAAGUGCAGAACGAGAAACGGACCCAGCGACAGAAGAAACGGCAGCAAGCGGAAGUGCGCAAACGGGUAAAACUGUCGGAAACACCGAUGCCUGAGGACUCGUCGGUGUUUCUCAAUCCUCAGCCGACUCCUCAACCGAGCCCUCUUCGGCAUGAGACUGCAUUUGUGAUCGAAGCGGGUCUCAACAACCCCAGCCCACUGCGACAGCACUCGGUUCCCGGCGACGCGGAUGGCGUACAAGUCGAUGACGACCCUGCUCAGAUUGAAGUAGUACGAUAG